AGAGGAAUGGGGCUCUGAGAGCGGAUGAGCAGCAGACCCGGUACAGGCUCCGUGCACCAGACCCGGUACAGGCUCCGCGCAGCAGCAGCAGCGGUGUUCAGGCUCUCUCUGCUCCCGGGCCAUGCAGACGGUGCGCUAGAGGAGAUGCGUUAGUGGAGGCUGCUGCUGAUGCUGCUGGAGCUGCUGCCGCUGUCCGAUCAGCUCUUAUCUGCGUCUUGAGCAUCGUCGCCACAGUCACGGCCACAGAAAUCGAGAUCAAGCUCCGGAGCCAGGGCCACCGCAGCGCGGAUCACCGCACAGGAGGAUGGAGUUCAAGCAUCUGGUGGAGGCGGCGGAGAAGUGGUGCUCCGGGAACCCGUUCGACCUCAUCUUCGCCGAGGAGGACGACGAGAGGCGGCUGGACUUUUACGCAGAGCCCGGCGUCUCCUUCUACGUGCUGUGUCCCGGCGGCACCGACAGCUUUCACGUGUGGAGCGAGAGCGAGGACUGCCUUCCCUUCCUGCAGCUGGCCCAGGACUACAUCUCCUCCUGCGGGAAGAAGACUCUACUGGAGGUGCUGGAGAAGGUCUUCACGUCCUUCAGGCCUCUGCUGGGCCUUCCAGACUUAGAAGACGACAGUUUUGAGCAUUACCACACUGACAUGGAGGGGGAACCAGGGCCGGACCAACAGCAGAUGGGGGUCAGCCAGCAGUGAUGAGACCCACAAAGGGGGCCCUGCAGCUGCGGGUAGAGCUGAUCACGAGCCCUGGGCCUCUUAUCUCAACACACACACACACACACAAACAUGUAGUCGACUUGCUAAAAAUGCACCACCAUGUUCUUGAAUGUCUCAGUGGCUUUGCUUCCCAAAGAGUGCACACCAUAGCACUUUUUUGCCCCCCUACUGAACACACACACACACACACACACACACACACAAACAUGCACCCACACACACACACACACUGGCUACGUGAGCUGUAGCCAUGUACAAUGCAAGAAUCAUAAUCAUUCACCAUUCGGUUAGUUAAAGUUCCACAGCACAGCAAUAUUGGCCCCGGCCUUGGCUUUGUUAUGCAGAGAUAGUAGUCAGAUACACACUUCCCCCUCGUGGCUCUGGAGAUGAAUGUGACAGAUAAUCUACUUUCUCUACCCGUGUAUUGUCACGGAGGGCUGCAUGAAUGCCAGACGAAACAGACGCAGGGGAAAACCGACGGUUCGCGGUAUCGUUUGGGGCAAUGGGAGUGACGCGAGGAGGCGAGGAAGGAGGGACGUGUAGCUCGACAACAGAGGGGCAGAACUUUCCACUUCAUGGAGGGAGAGCGAGGAGCGAGGGUGCAGAGCUGUGACGUGGUUUCAGGUGAAGCUGCUCUCAGAGGGUCCCGUUUCAAACUCACGGCUAAAAUAGUUUGCAGUAACAUAGGUCACACUUGGGUGGCCCGUCUCUUAGUGUGCCGAGCGUUAAAAGUCAUGGGGAUGUUUUGAAUCGGUGUUGCUAUCUUAUGACCGUCACAACGAAGGCUCAUGCUGGAGAUGAAACCCUCCCUUGGUUGGGUGUCUUGCUGUCACAUGACACCCUUAGUUCUGCUGUCCCGUCGUCUUCCUGGUUGCCUUUUGUGGUUCCCAGUUUUUCCCUCAUCUCUGAGCACAAUCUGACGAGACAAACCCCGCCCACUUUCUCUUCUGUGUGUGUGUGUUGUUUUGAAUCGAUCUGCGCCUCUCGAGGUUCCUCCCGGCCGCGAAUUUUGACGAGCACACACCCACAACCACCCCCCCGAGUGAUAUCUCAGGGGAAGGGAAAACAUUAGUGGUGCCCCCCCACCCCCACCCCUUCUGCCUGCCCUGUUCUUUCUAAACUGACAGUGUGUUGUUGUAUGUCACAUCCAGUGCACUGCCACGCUUCAGGCCCCCUUCGCCCUCCACCGCUCCAUCCACACUGCAAGACUGUAUCAUAUUUAUCC